AUGUCGUGGAACAAUCAGUACCCGCCACCUUCUGGCCCCCCUCCUGGCCAGUUUGGAUUUCCCUCGCCACACCAAUAUGCACCCCCGCCUGGCCCACCUCAGCACAGAGGAUACAAUCCGUCCUACAGCCCUUCGUAUGGGCCGCCAAGUGGACCCCCUCCAGGUCAAUUCGGAUUUCCGCAGCCCGGGGGUCCUUCCAACGCGCCAGGAUACAACCCGAGCUAUAAUCCAAGCUAUGCACCUCCUUCGGGUCCACCUCCAGUGCCAGGUAACCGCCCCGACCACACGUAUGCGCCGCCUUCUGGUCCACCGCCCAUGCCCCACCGCUCUUCCAGCGGCCCAGGCAACGGAUACCCUGGUCAAUCAUACCAUCAAAACCAGGGGAACAAUGGGCAGGGAUGGCAACAGAACAAUCCGAGCUACCCCGGGGGCGCUCCCAUUAACUGGAACACUCAGGGAGGCCAAGGUGCCAUGAACAGUAAUGCCAAUGGUGGGGGUGGAUCGCCUGGUGCCGGUCCCGGUGCUUGGUACCACGGUCCUCCUGGAGGAGAAACCGGAUAUGGAACCGGUGGACCUGGUCAUCCAGGUGGCGCUCCUUCUACGGGGAACGCUCACAUGCCCCCGACCGGACAGCAGAUGUACGGUCCCUCGCAAAAUAACGGUCCGCAAAUGUCCUUUGAAUAUUCGAUGUGUACCGGAAAGAAAAAAGUUCUCUCCAUUGGUAUCAACUACUUUGGACAAGAAGGUGAACUUCGAGGGUGUAUCAAUGAUUCAAACAAUUUGUGCGAGUUCUUAGUUCGUCAGUUUGGCUACAAACAAGAAGACAUCGUCAAACUGACAGACGACGCGACGAAUCCUAAUCAAAUGCCUACGAGAGAAAAUAUUCUCAGGGCCAUGCAAUGGCUCGUCAAAGACGCUCACCCUAAUGAUUCACUAUUUUUCCAUUACUCUGGACACGGUGGCCAGACCAAGGAUCUGGAUGGAGAUGAGGCCGACGGAUAUGAUGAAGUUAUUUACCCUAUGGACUUUGAACAUGCAGGGCACAUUGUCGACGACGCUCCGAAUGCUAAGACCAUUGCUACGAUAGGAUAUGCACGCUAUUAUGGUCAAACCACUCCCAGCAGGCUGCCGUCUGACCGCAUUUUCGACUCCUGCCACUCUGGGUCUGCUCUCGACCUUCCAUACAUCUACUCGACUGAGGGCAAAAUUAAGGAACCGAAUCUCCUUGCAGAUGCGGGCCAGGGUCUCUUGAACGUUGGGAUGUCGUACGCCCGCAGUGAUAUGGGCGGAGUAAUCAAAGGCAUUGGAAGUUUACUCAAGACUGCCACGGGUGGUCAAAAGAAGGCCGACGAGUACGCAAGGCAAACACGUACAAGUCCGGCGGACGUUAUCUCCUGGUCUGGAUGUAAAGACUCUCAGACCUCGGCGGAUACAGUCGAGGGUGGCGAAGCUACUGGUGCUAUGAGUUAUGCGUUUAUGGAAGUCUUGAGGCAAAAGCCUCAGCAGACAUAUCAAGAGCUAUUGAACAAUAUCCGAGAUGUUUUGAAAAGCAAGUACAGUCAGAAGCCUCAGCUUUCUAGCUCCCAUCCAAUGGAUACGACCAUCUUGUUCAUCACUUGA